AAUAUUCAAAAUACUAGAUAUUUAGAAAUUUUUUCUGAUGAAAGUGUAGUUGAUGAUUGGUAUAAAGCUGUAUUAGAAUUAUCAAAAAAGAAUCCUGGUGAGGUUAAAUAUUCUAUUGAGAAGGUAUCUCGGGAAUGGUAUACAUUACCUCAUAUUAUUCAUGUAACUCAAAAUGCUCCUGAAAAUGAAUUAAAAGAAUUUAAAGAAAAAUGUUCUGGAAAUACAUUUGGUAAUCCUGGUUCAAAUACAGGUCAAGGAGGCAAUCCAACUGGUGGAAAUACAGGAGGUUCAGGAAAUAGUACAGGAUCUAAUCCAAAUGAAUCAGAUGCUAAUAAACCUAAUAAUUCCGGAUUCGGUUUAAAUCAAAAACAAAGAUUGGCUCUUGAUGAAAUAUUUAAAAAUCUUCAAAUGCAACGAACCGACAAUGAUGAUAAUGACCUUGAAGAACUUAGAAAAGUUUCACAAAAACUUGCAGAAUUACUUAAUAUGCAAAAU